UUUUUUUUUUUUUGGUUUAUUCGAGACAGGGUUUCUCUGUAUCGUCCUGGCUGUCCUGGAACUCACUUUGUAGACCAGGCUGGCCUUGAACUCAGAAAUCUGCCUGCCUCUGCUUCCCUAGUGCUGGGAUUAAAGGCGUGCUUCAGUCUUUUAUCUUUUUCUUUAAGUACCAGAACUGUGUGACUCAGUCUUAGGUGCAUAACCCACAAAGCCCUUUUUUGAGCCAUGGGGUUGGGGGGUGGGGGGUGUGUGCUCGUCAAAGCAUCUUCACCUAUGCCAUCCAUCUAACCUACUGCUUCUCUCUGGAACAUAAACAACGUACAUGAAGUAUGCAACACCCGAACGGUAUCCUUCCAACUCAGCCACCAAUGAACAUGAGCUUCUAUCAUCCAUGUUACUUCCUUUAAAGCUUUUAUGCCUAACACAUCAAACACUCAGUGCUGGUUAUGUAAAUGAACUUAGACAGGGACUUACUGUGACACUCAGGAUAAAAAUCUAAUAAUCACUUCUUGUUUUUAACAAACAAACAAAUGGCACGGAGUCAACACUAUAUACAGGAGUGAUGAGACAUCACUGCAGCCGGAUGGACUUGACUUCCAACCUCUGAGCCUCACUUUCCUGAGUACCACCUCUCUAAGUUUUAGUUCUACCGGUAAAUAUAAUAACUACGUACCUAUGUUCCAUGGGGAAUGCAGGAAUUAAAUAAGUAUACGUUGAUAGAAAAAAGGCGCACUACAUAUUACCUAUUGUCGUUAUCACAACGUGAUGAACACAACGUGACAUACAGCCUAAGACAUGAUUUCUACUAAAUAAAAGGUCAGGGAACUUUGGCUGAGCUUAAUGUCCUUCGUUUUCUCCUCCCUCGCGCCACUCCCCCAAGAAAUCUCCAGUUAACUCCGAGUUCAUGGAAACUUGUUGCGUGUCGAGCACUUAUGAGAACUAUCGACAUAAAGUAGCAGGUUCCUUUUUACUCUCGGGGCUGCUGUCCCGCCGAAAGGCAUUCGAGUCAUGACUCGGACAAGCUAAGAAGAAAAGAGGUGGCUCGUAAUUAUGGGUCCCACUUGGGACAGAAGCUCUCGGGACAGUGUCGGGGCCCGACGCAGGCCCGGGUGACUCGGCACCUCCGCCACCAGGUCCAGGCCCUCCCUGCCAGCUCCAGGGGCAACUCUGGCAUCAUCCGGUUCGCGAUCCCCGGUCAACUCACCAUGACUGACAGCGUUUGGUGAUGCCGCUUCUUUUCCUGAACCUUACAAUAAAAACCCACAGCUCCCUCUUUGCAGUCCAGGCCACUGCUCUGAAACCCAGAAACCGCGAGAGGCUCGCCGGAAGUGACGGAACACCGCAGGGGAUGGGGUACGGAGGCCUGAAGUCAGCGGCGGAAAAACAGAAAGUCAUGGGAAGGCCUGAGUAGGAACCAAUCAGAAAGGAGGAAAGGCUAAGAAUUAUUGGCUGCUGGCGUGGACCAAUCAGAAGAGCUGUGAUUUGGCGGGAGUCUUGACGACCUCCGGGGCUGUCCGUGUCUCAGCGCCAGUUCUAGGUAUCCGCCGCUGUGGCUAUGUUCGUGACCGAUUUCCGCAAGGAGUUCUACGAGACGGUCCACAACCAGAGGGUCCUUCUCUUUGUGGCCUCGGACGUGGAUGCCUUGUGUGCUUGCAAGAUCCUCCAGGCCCUGUUUCAGUGUGACCACGUCCAGUAUACGCUGGUUCCGGUUUCUGGGUGGCAAGAACUUGAAACUGCAUAUCUUGAACAUAAAGAGCAGUUCUCCUAUUUCAUCCUCAUAAACUGUGGAGCCAACGUGGACCUGUUGGAUAUCCUUCAGCCUGAUGAAGACAGUAUAUUUUUUGUGUGUGAUACCCACAGGCCAGUGAACGUUGUGAAUGUGUACAAUGACACUCAGAUCAAAUUGCUUAUUAAACAAGAGGAUGACCUUGAGGUUCCUGCCUACGACGACAUCUUUAGAGAUGAAGCAGAGGAUGAAGAUCUUUCAGACAGUGACGGUGAUGGGUCAGAGCCUUCAGAGAAGCGCACACGGUUAGAAGAGGAGAUAGUGGAGCGAAACAGGAAGAGGAGGCAGCGCAGGGAGUGGGAGGCCCGAAGGAAAGACAUCCUCUUUGACUACGAGCAGUAUGAAUAUUAUGGGACAUCGUCGGCCAUGGUGAUGUUUGACCUGGCGUGGAUGAUGUCCAAGGACCUGAAUGACAUGCUGUGGUGGGCCAUUGUUGGACUGACAGACCAGUGGGUGCAUGACAAGAUCACUCAAAUGAAGUACGUGACUGAUGUUGGCAUCCUGCAGCGUCAUGUGUCCCGUCAUAACCACCGAAACGAGGCGGAGGAGAACAUGCUCUCUGUAGACUGCACCCGGAUCUCCUUCGAGUAUGACCUCUGCCUGGUACUGUAUCAGCACUGGUCCCUCCAUGAAAGCCUGUACAACACCAGCUACACAGCAGCCAGGUUUAAGCUCUGGUCUGUGCAUGGGCAGAAACGACUCCAGGAGUUCCUUGCAGACAUGGGGCUUCCCCUGAAGCAAGUCAAGCAGAAAUUUCAGUCCAUGGACGUUUCCUUGAAGGGGAAUCUGCGAGAAAUGAUUGAAGAAUCUGCAAAUAAAUUUGGGAUGAAGGACAUGCGUGUACAGACUUUCAGCAUUCAGUUUGGGUUCAAGCAUAAAUUCCUGGCCAGUGAUGUCGUCUUUGCCACCAUGUCUCUAAUGGAGAGUCCUGAGAAGGAUGGCUCAGGGACAGACCACUUCAUCCAGGCUCUCGAUAGCCUCUCCAGGAGUAACCUGGACAAGCUAUACCUUGGUCUAGAGCUCGCCAAGAAGCACCUCCAAGCCACACAACAGACCAUCGCCAGCUGUCUCUGUACCAACCUCGUCACUUCCCAGGGCCCUUUUCUCUACUGCUCACUCAUGGAGGGCACUCCAGAUGUCACCCUGUUUUCCAAGCCAGCAUCCUUGAGUCUGCUCAGCAGACAUCUGCUCAAGUCCUUUGUGUACUCGACAAAGAAUCGACGAUGCAAGCUGCUGCCCCUGGUGAUGGCUGCCCCGCUGAGCGUGGAACAGGGCACAGUGACCGUGGUGGGCAUCCCCCCAGAGACUGAUAGCUCGGAUAGAAAGAACUUUUUUGGUCGGGCUUUUGAGAAGGCAGCAGAAAGCACCAGCUCUCGGACUCUACACAAUUACUUUGACCUCUCAGUAAUUGAGCUGAAGGCUGAGGACCGGAGCAAGUUCCUGGACGCUCUUGUGUCACUGCUGUCCUGAGGAAUUCAACUUCUCCAGAAGUGACCUCCUUUUCCUUAUUUAUAUUUCCUGGCCACUAUUCAGUUGUAAGAUAACAUUUGAAAUGUGAGACUAUAUGGUUUUUAAUAAAAUGUUUGAUGUUUUA